CGCAACGUCACAAAUGACACGUAUUGAAAAUGGCGGCCGCGGCUAGGGAGACGUGGUGGGCCUUGCUGCUGUUGUCCUUGUUGCCUGUUGUCAGGCCGUUCUAUGUUCCAGGAGUCGCACCCCGGGACUUCCAGGACGGUGACACGGUAGAUCUUAAGGCCGUGAAGCUGACUAGCUCCCGCACCCAGCUUCCCUAUGAAUACUACUCUCUGCCUUUCUGUAAGCCCGAUUCUAUCUUCUACAAGGGAGAAAACUUGGGUGAGGUAUUACGCGGAGACCGUAUUGUGAAUACCCUCUACAAUGUGGAUAUGAACAAGGACAAGAAAUGUGAGAUGGUAUGCAACGUGAAAAAGCUCAGCGUAGAAGAGAGCAAGCUGGUUGCUGAGCGAAUCCAGGAGGAGUAUUAUGUGCACCUUAUUGCAGACAACCUGCCAGUUGCCACCAGGUUAGAGUUUUACCCCAACAGAGAGGCAGCAGCAGGGGAGGAGGAGCAGAAGAAGGACAUCCAGUUUGAACACGGAUACAGACUGGGCUUUGUCGACAACAACAAGUUUUACCUGCACAACCACCUGUCCUUCAUCCUGUACUUCCACAGGGAGAAGCUGGAGCAGGGGGAUGUUCACAACUACAGGGUGGUGCGCUUUGAGGUUGUACCCCAAAGUGUAAAAGUAGAUGAUCUGAAGCCUGUGGAAAAGGACAAGACUUGCACCUUGCCUGAAGCCAGUGGCUCUGCCGCACAGGAGAUUGACCCGACCAAGGAGAACGGAGUCCUCUUCACCUACUCCGUCCACUGGGAGGAGAGUGAGGUGAAGUGGGCGUCUCGAUGGGACACAUACCUGACCAUGAGCGAUGUUCAGAUCCACUGGUUCUCCAUCGUCAACUCUGUGGUGGUCGUCUUCUUCCUGUCUGGUAUUCUGAGUAUGAUCAUUAUCAGGACUCUGAGGAAGGACAUUGCCAACUACAACAGAGAGGAUGACAUAGAGGACACCAUGGAGGAGUCAGGAUGGAAGAAUGUCCACGGUGAUGUCUUCAGGCCCCCUCAGUAUCCCAUGAUCCUCAGCUCUCUGCUGGGCUCAGGGAUCCAGCUCUUAUGCAUGAUCCUAAUUGUCAUCUUUGUUGCCAUGUUGGGCAUGCUGUCCCCCUCCAGUAGAGGAGCCUUGAUGACCACUGCUUGCUUCCUCUUCAUGUUCAUGGGUGUGUUUGGGGGCUACUUUGCUGGAAGACUGUACCGCACACUGAAGGGCCAUCGGUGGAGGAAAGGAGCCUUUUGUACAGCAACUCUGUAUCCCGCCGUGGUUUUUGGAAUCUGCUUCAUUCUCAACUGUUUCAUCUGGGGGGAGCACUCUUCUGGGGCAGUCCCCUUCACCACCAUGCUGGCCCUGCUCUGCAUGUGGUUCGGUAUCUCCAUGCCCCUGGUCUACCUGGGAUACUACUUCGGCUUCCGCAAGCAGCCUUAUGAUAACCCCGUGCGCACUAACCAGAUCCCCCGGCAGGUGCCCGAGCAGCGCUGGUACAUGAACAAGUUUGUAGGAAUCCUGAUGGCCGGGAUCCUGCCCUUUGGUGCCAUGUUCAUCGAGCUAUUUUUCAUCUUCAGUGCCAUCUGGGAGAAUCAGUUCUAUUACCUCUUCGGCUUCCUCUUCCUGGUUUUCAUCAUCCUGGUGGUGUCCUGCUCUCAGAUCAGCAUAGUGAUGGUUUACUUCCAGCUCUGUGCAGAGGACUACAGGUGGUGGUGGAGAACGUUCCUGGUUUCAGGAGGAUCAGCGUUCUACGUCCUCAUUUACGCCGUCUUCUACUUCAUCAACAAGCUGGACAUUGUGGAGUUCAUCCCCUCCCUCCUGUACUUCGGCUACACCGCCCUGAUGGUGCUGUCCUUCUGGCUGCUAACAGGCACCAUCGGCUUCUACGCAGCCUACAUGUUCAUCAGGAAAAUCUAUGCCGCGGUCAAGAUCGACUGAGGGUCGCUGUCGCUGCUGCUCUCAUUGUUUUCAGUUUUUGUUUUUUCGACACAUUCAGUUUUUUUAAUGUAUAUAUUUUUUAUUCUUCAUGUACAACAAGCACUGACUUGUGUGUAGAGGGAGCGAGACAGGUGAUCUUUGGCCUCAUGGGGAACAACAGUCAGGUGGUAAACCAGCUGUGUCUCUCUCUCGCUCUCUCUAGCUCCCCCCCCCCCUCUUUCACCAGGACCGAGACUCAUGAAUCCUCUGAUGGGACACUUCAUGUCUCCUGCUGUUUCACCUUGCACACAACACAGUGGGCCAAAGCUUGUCAAACAAUGGUUUCCGCAAAUUUUUGUCUUUUUAUUUGUCGAGUCUAACUUAUCGUGGUUUUUAUUUUUGUCAUCACAGGAUUUUUCUUUUCUUUUCAAUCAUCUUCUGCCAGGUUAUUGCUCUGAUUUCCUUCCAUAAAUUCUAUCUUUUCUCUUUCCAUUGUCUCUGUUUCCAAAUAGUUUCCUCUCAGAGACUCUGGGGAUCAGGGAAGGAUUGUGGAGUCUAACUGUGGUUAUACUGUUGACUUUCUUGUGUCGUAAGGAUGCGGAUGGAAAUUAUGCUGGGAUUAAUACAUUGCAACACAAGAAAGGAUACAUUAAAUGUUCUAUUAUUUUGACCCCAGUUUCCAUGUGUGACCAUGUUAACCACAUCUGAAAUCUAGAUAUUCGCCGCUCAUUCCAAAACAAUGAGUCUCUUAUAAAUGUCGACUUAUUGGUCCAUUUGCUCUAAAUGAUGCAGAUCAACUCAGAAUGGGACUGUGAACCCGAUGCCCUGAAGCGGUGAACUGCUGGGUGAAGCCACUGGAGAUGGAGGAAAGGAAAAAAGAUGCAGUCAACACGAAAAUGACAAGGACGUUUUGUAUUUGGAAAUCUACAAUGCGAAAUAGUUUGAAGCUUCCCCGGUAGAAACGUCCAGAAAAAGCCGUGCCGUGUGUAGCCUUAGCAGAGCCUGCUGAACUAUGCAGUAAUGGAAAGAAAACUGUUUGUGAAGGUUGUUUUUAAGGACCAUUUUUGUUGAGUCUCAUUUCUUUAAGUUCAAUUAUGAUAUAUGAAACAUUUCUGUGUGUAAUGUGACAGCCUUCUGGAUCAUAUCCUUGUUUCAGAAAACAUUUCACAUUGCUGGAGUGUCCUGUGUUGCAGAGCAUUGACAUGUUCUUAAUAGAUCUGUAUAGUAAUACUGUAUUCUUAAAUUACAGCUCACAUUUUUUACCUUC